AGUCGUCUCUUUUGAAAAAGAUUAUAAUUUUUGUCUUAAUUAUCAAAAUUAUAAAACUUUACGUGCCUCCCAUAUUAGCAAUUAUGGAUGUAAUUAAUAUAUAACCAUACCCGCCAACUCAUCUCCUUUUGGCCGCCUAACUGUCCGAAUUAUUCUGAAUUCAUCUUCAUCGAAAUUCUUCUGCUCAAUUUUGAUUCAGUAUCUCUACUUUCUCUUUCUAAUUGGAUACUUUAAACAACAACACUGCUUUUCUUUAUAACGUAUUACUGAUUGAAGAGACCCAAAACUAAAAUAAUUAAAUAAAAAAGAAAAAAGAAAAAUGAGAAUAGAGUCCAAUGGAGUUUCACCCUCCAGCAAGCACCUGGUCUUCGCUUACUACGUCACUGGCCAUGGUUUUGGUCAUGCCACUCGCGUCGUCGAGGUUGCGAGGAACUUGAUUCUGGCUGGGCAUGAUGUGCACGUCGUCACCGGAGCACCCGACUUUGUGUUCACUUCCGAGAUACAGUCACCUCGACUCUUCAUCCGUAAGGUGCUAUUGGACUGUGGAGCUGUUCAGGCAGAUGCCUUGACUGUGGAUCGCCUUGCUUCACUAGAAAAGUAUUCAGAAACAGCUGUUAAACCUCGGGAGUCUAUUUUGGCAACAGAAAUUGAGUGGCUGAACUCCAUCAAAGCCGACUUAGUGGUGUCAGACGUAGUUCCAGUUGCAUGUCGUGCAGCAGCUGAUGCUGGAAUUCGAUCUGUUUGUGUCACCAACUUCAGUUGGGACUUUAUUUAUGCAGAAUAUGUUAUGGCUGCUGGAUAUCAUCAUCGGUCAAUAGUUUGGCAGAUAGCAGAGGAUUAUUCUCAUUGUGAGUUCCUAAUUCGCCUCCCGGGAUAUUGCCCAAUGCCUGCUUUCCGCGAUGUUAUUGAUGUGCCACUUGUUGUGAGGAGGUUGCACAAGUCCCGGAAUGAGGUAAGAAAGGAACUUGGUAUCAGUGAUGAUAUCAAGCUAGUUAUCCUUAAUUUUGGUGGACAGCCAGCUGGCUGGAAGUUGAAGGAAGAGUACUUACCUUCUGGUUGGUUAUGCCUGGUUUGCGGUGCUUCUGAUAGCCAGGAGCUUCCACCGAAUUUCAUAAAGCUUGCAAAAGAUGCUUAUACACCUGAUCUUAUUGCUGCAUCGGACUGUAUGCUUGGAAAGAUUGGAUAUGGUACUGUCAGUGAAGCACUGGCAUACAAGUUACCCUUUGUAUUUGUACGAAGAGAUUAUUUCAAUGAGGAGCCCUUUCUGAGAAAUAUGCUUGAGUAUUAUCAAAGUGGUGUUGAGAUGAUUAGGAGAGAUUUGCUCGUAGGUCAUUGGAAACCUUACCUUGAACGUGCAAUUAGUUUGAAACCGUGCUAUGAGGGAGGCAGCAAUGGUGGUGAGGUGGCAGCACAUAUUUUACAGGAGACGGCUAUUGGGAAAAACUAUGCAUCAGAUAAGUUAAGUGGGGCAAGGAGAUUGCGUGAUGCUAUCAUUCUUGGAUAUCAAUUACAAAGGGCUCCUGGACGAGAUAUCAGCAUUCCAGAAUGGUAUGCAAAUGCUGAAAAUGAAUUAAGUAAGUCUACCGGGUCACCAGUUGCCCAAACUUGUCUGAAUGGACCACCAACAAGCAUAUGCACUGAAGAUUUUGACAUUCUUCAUGGAGAUCUUCAAGGUCUUUCAGAUACUAUGAGUUUCUUAAAGAGUUUAGCAGAGCUAAAUUCUGUAUAUGAAUCUGAAAAGAAUACUGAGAAACGCCAGAUGCGGGAGCGUAAGGCUGCUGCAGGACUCUUUAAUUGGGAGGAAGAUAUCUUUGUAGCAAGAGCACCUGGAAGGCUGGAUGUAAUGGGUGGGAUUGCUGACUAUUCAGGAAGUCUUGUCUUGCAGAUGCCUAUAAGAGAAGCUUGUCAUGCUGCUGUUCAAAGGAAUCAUCCAAGUAAACACAGGCUCUGGAAACACGCCCAGGCUCGGCAAAGUUCAAAAGGACAAGGACCCACUCCUGUUCUGCAAAUUGUAUCUUAUGGUUCAGAGUUGAGCAAUCGUGGCCCAACUUUUGACAUGGAUCUAGCUGAUUUUAUGGAUGGGGACAAACCAAUGUCAUAUGAGAAAGCUAGGAAAUAUUUUGCCCAAGACCCGUCACAAAAGUGGGCUGCUUAUGUUGCAGGGACCAUACUUGUUCUGAUGACAGAGCUAGGUUUACACUUUGAGGAUAGCAUCAGCAUGCUGGUUUCUUCUGCAGUUCCAGAAGGGAAAGGUGUAUCUUCUUCUGCGUCUGUGGAGGUUGCUAGCAUGUCUGCUAUAGCUACUGCUCAUGGACUAAACAUCGGUCCAAGAGAAAUGGCUUUACUCUGCCAAAAGGUAGAAAAUCACAUUGUUGGAGCUCCAUGUGGCGUCAUGGACCAGAUGACUUCUGUAUGCGGGGAAGCCAACAAACUUCUUGCAAUGGUUUGCCAGCCUGCUGAGGUAAUUGGUCUUGUAGAAAUUCCCACCCAUAUUCGGUUUUGGGGAAUUGAUUCAGGGAUACGCCACAGUGUUGGUGGCACGGACUAUGGAUCGGUGAGGAUAGGCGCCUUCAUGGGUCGAAAGAUGAUAAAGUCCACAGCAUCUGCUGUGUUGUCUAGGUCAUUGCCUGGUGAUAAUGGAUUGAUCAUUGAUGAAUUGGAGGAUGAUGGAGUUGAACUACUUAAAGCUGAAGCUUUAUUAGAUUACUUGUGCAACUUGUCCCCACACAGGUAUGAAGCUCUUUAUACGAAGAUACUUCCUGAAUCAAUUCUUGGUGAGGCAUUUUUGGAGAAGUACGCUGAUCACAACGACCCUGUCACGGUAAUUGAUCCGAAGCGCACGUAUGGGGUGAGAGCACCUGCGAAACAUCCAAUCUAUGAAAACUUCCGGGUCAAGGCCUUCAAAGCAUUACUCUCUUCUGCAACUUCAGAUGAGCAGCUUACAGCUCUUGGAGAACUGUUAUAUCAGUGUCACUACAGCUACAGUGCUUGUGGACUAGGCUCUGAUGGGACAGACAGGCUUGUGCGAUUGGUACAAGAAAUGCAACACAGUAAAACCUCAAAAUCUGAAGAUGGGACAUUGUAUGGAGCAAAAAUAACUGGCGGGGGGUCUGGUGGAACAGUGUGUGUAGUUGGUAGGAAUUGUCUACGUAGCAGCCAACAAAUUUUUGAGAUUCAGCAGAGGUACAAAGGUGGAACUGGAUAUCUGCCAUUUAUUUUUGAGGGCUCAUCUCCGGGAGCAGCAAAAUUUGGAUAUCUGAGAAUCCGCCGUCGCAUCUCCUUUUAAGAAUAAAAAUUUAUUUUGUAGGAAACCAAAAAGAAAUAGAUUGUUAGUUAUUUAAUAAUAAUAAAAUAGCAACUCUAUGAUUGUAUUUUCUGAAGUUAGCUUGAACUGCCUACUAGUUAUUAGUAGGCUGAAUAAAUAACAUACAUGACUCAGGAAAUUGUGUGAUAAAUAUCUUGAAAUAGAAAAUGUUCUAAUAAAAAGUCUGGUAAA